GCCGGACUAUCUUUACAGAGGGGCACGAAGUAGGUGAAAGAAACACGAAAACAACACCAGCAGCUCAACAGUAACGUUUGAAUUAAAUAAAUCAGGGUAGCUAGCUAUGCCUCUUCAUGAUUUGGCUGUCCCAUUUUCAUCAGUGGAAAUUGAUGUAGCUAGCUAUUUAUAUUUGUUGAACUUGUGUAGUAUAAAGUGGUAAACUACUAAGCAAGCGAACUACGUUACUAACUUCACUCGCGGUCACUGUAGCCAACUUGGCUAACUAUUUAGGUCAUUAAGCCUUUUGCCAACCGUGUUUGAAGUCACCAGCCAUGGCGGAACGUGGUGCACAUUUGACAACUGCAGCUGCAGACGACAGACCGUCGAUAUUCGAGGUCUUGGCACAGGACUCCCUGAUGGGUGCGGUAAGACCCGCCUUGCGACACGCUGUGAAGGUUCGACGAUAUUUUCUCACCCCUGUAAUUUUUGCUACAUCAGCAGACACUUGAGGUGUAUUCAUUACGCCGUUGGUUCGUUUCCCACGGGGGGCCAGUAUGAAAAUGUAUGCACUCACUAACUGUAAGUCGCUCUGGAUAAGAGUGUCUGCUAAAUGACUAAAAUGUAAUGUAAAAAUGAGUCUGUUGCAUAACGUUUCGUCUGUUGCAAAACGUUUUGCAACAGAAUCAGUUUACUCCAAACGGUAAACAUUUUGCAACAAAAUUAGUUUCUAUUGGACAAAUUCAGGUAGGACCUUCCCCGUUCCUUUUGGUUCUUAAACGGUAAACUGUUUCCGAAGAAAGACGUAAUAAAUACACCCCAGUAAGAAACUAUAAACCAUGUUUAUCCAACAACGGUUGAUUAUUUUAAACGGCUGGAACAAAAGCCUGCACACAUGCUGAUAUACACUGCUCAAAAAAAUAAAGGGAACACUUAAACAACACAAUGUAACUCCAAGUCAAUCACACUUCUGUGAAAUCAAACUGUCCACUUAGGAAGCAACACUGAUUGACAAUACAUUUCACAUGCUGUUGUGCAAAUGGAAUAGACAACAGGUGGAAAUUAUAGGCAAUUAGCAAGACACCCCCAAUAAAGGACUGGUUUUGCAGGUGGUGACCACAGACCACUUCUCAGUUCCUAUGCUUCCUGGCUGACGUUUUGGUCACUUUUGAAUGCUGGCGGUGCUUUCACUCUAGUGGUAGCAUGAGACGGAGUCUACAACCCACACAAGUGGCUCAGGUAGUGCAGCUCAUCCAGGAUGGCACAUCAAUGCGAGCUGUGGCAAGAAGGUUUGCUGUGUCUGUCAGCGUAGUGUCCAGAGCAUGGAGGCGCUACCAGGAGACAGGCCAGUACAUCAGGAGACGUGGAGGAGGCCGUAGGAGGGCAACAACCCAGCGGCAGGACUGCUACCUCCGCCUUUGUGCAAGGAGGAGCAGGAGGAGCACUGCCAGAGCCCUGCAAAAUGACCUCCAGCAGGCCACAAAUGUGCAUGUGUCUGCUCAAACGGUCAGAAACAGACUCCAUGAGGGUGGUAUGAGGGCCCGACGUCCACAGGUGGGGGUUGUGCUUACAGCCCAACACCGUGCAGGACGUUUGGCAUUUGCCAGAGAACACCAAGAUUGGCAAAUUCGCCACUGGCGCACUGUGCUCUUCACAGAUGAACGCAGGUUCACACUGAGCACAUGUGACAGAGUCUGGAGACGCCGUGGAGAACGUUCUGCUGCCUGCAACAUCCUCCAGCAUGACCGGUUUGGCGGUGGGUCAGUCACUGUGUGGGGUGGCAUUUCUUUGGGGGGCUGCACAGCCCUCCAUGUGCUCGCCAGAGGUAGCCUGACUGCCAUUAGGUACCGAGAUGAGAUCCUCAGACCCCUUGUGAGACCAUAUGCUGGUGCGGUUGGCCCUGGGUUCCUCCUAAUGCAAGACAAUGCUAGACCUCAUGUGGCUGGAGUGUGUCAGCAGUUCCUGCAAGAGGAAGGCAUUGAUGCUAUGGACUGGCCCGCCCGUUCCCCAGACCUGAAUCCAAUUGAGCACAUCUGGGACAUGUCUCGCUCCAUCCAUCAACGCCACGUUGCACCACAGACUGUCCAGGAGUUGGCGGAUGCUUUAGUCCAGGUCUGGGAGGAGAUCCCUCAGGAGACCAUCCGCCACCUCAUCAGGAGCAUGCCCAGGCGUUGUAGGGAGGUCAUACAGGCACGUGGAGGCCACACACACUACUGAGCCUCAUUUUGACUUGUUUUAAGGACAUUACAUCAAAGUUGGAUCAGCCUGUAGUGUGGUUUUCCACUUUAAUUUUGAGGGUGACUCCAAAUCCAGACGUCCAUGGGUUGAUACAUUUGAUUUCCGUUGAUAAUUGUUGUGUGAUUUUGUUGUCAGCACAUUCAACUAUGUAAAGAAAAAAGUAUUUAAUAAGAUUAUUUCAUUCAUUCGUAUCUAGGAUGUGUUAUUUUAGUGUUCCCUUAAUUUUUUUGAGCAGUGUAUUUGUGCAGGUGAGUUGGAGAAUGCUGGCCCAUCAAGGUAUCCUACUAGACUACAGAAAUAGCAUUAUGAUGUUGGAUCACUUGAUGUGUUAAAUAGUUUGUAUUAGACCUUGUAUGACUUUUUAAUACGUGGUGUCCAUAUACUGACUUUGCUGCACUGAUAUUAAUGUAUGAUUCAAGUUUGAUAUGAUGCAACUAACUUCUCUCAACUAUUACCUCAGGUUCUGGCUGAGUCCAACCCCUCUCGCUACGGAUUCCUCUGGCGGAGAUUUGACGAGAUUCACGCUGUUCUCGACGUAUUGCUUCAGCACCAUUUUCUGUCACGGACUAGCGCCUCAUUCUCUGAGAACUUUUACAGCCUAAAGCGCGUUGCUGCUUCGGGGCGCGAGCGGCCAGCUCACCUGGGUCUGCAUGGGAAACACCACUGGUGCUCGCUGAUCCUGCUUGCCCUCGUUCCUUACCUGAGGGCCAAGCUGGAACAGGUACUGGCCAAGCAGAGGGACGAGGAUGAUUUUUCCAUCCGCCUACCACAGACGCCCUUGCAAAGGAUGUACAGGGCCUUCCUGGCAUCCUACCCCUAUGUCAGCAUGGGCUGGGACAGCUGGGUCUUCUGCCAGCAGCUGCUGUAUGUGUUUGGCCUAGCCAAGACCCACUCACCAUUUCUGUGGCUGGCAGGUGUCAGGCUGGCUCACCUCACAGGACAUGACAUCACAAAUAUGGACCUCAAACCAGCCACCCCUUCCACGGCCAUCGGCUCAAGGUAAGAAUGAAAUUGGGACAUCCUGUCUCAAGGGACCCCGAGUUCAAAGAGCUUUAUUCACUUUUAAAGCAUUUAGCCUAUAAGCAUACUUCCCUCUGUUGUUCUUUCUUCCCAGUGUUGGUGAGAGGCUGCGGCGGCUGACGUCGACAGUGGUGGGGGGUGUGGCUCUGUCCCUCUCCACUAGUCUCUCCUUGGGAGUGUUUUUCCUGCAGUUCCUCGAGUGGUGGUACUCCUCAGAGAACCAGAGCACCAUCAAGACCCUGACCUCCCAUCCCACACCACCCCCUCCCAUCCACCUCCAGGACCAACAACCACUGACCAGACAGAGCAAAGUAUGUCCGCUCUGCUGCAAGGUCCGCACCAAUGAUACCGUUCUCUCCACCUCUGGUUUUGUCUUCUGUUACCGCUGUAUUUAUGUCUACAUCAAAGCCAACCAGAGAUGUCCGAUGACUGGGUACCCCACUGAACUUCAUCAUCUCAUCAAGAUUUACUCACCAGAGAGCUAGAGAGAAUCUUAUUUCCAUUCCCAUGAGGGACUUUGACAAUCAUGUCACAAUGACAAUUUAUACUGUAACUGAUUAGUUAGUUAUUGACUAUAUCCCUUAUGACCAUUUGUAAAUAAUUUAAGGCACUAACGGGGGGCCAGUAUAAAAAAAA